CUUCAAGUUUGUUUGCAGAGUUUAACUCCAUUAGGAAGGUGAACUAGAGACCAGCAACAACUGAAUAACAGAACUUCCACAGCGCUGCCCGAGCCCUUCAGUUUCAGAACUUUUAGUUGCAUCAAAUUAGGAACUUUCACUGAAAACAGCAACGAGUUUCCUCAUACACACACACACAGAAAGACAGAGAGAAGGGGACCAGACAGACUAACCUUGUAGCCGGAAAGGUUGCGUCUUUCCCGGAGAUGAAGAUCCAGUUCGCUCCGCUAAACAUCCCGCUGCGGAGGAGACUCCAGACAGCUGCUGUGCUGCAGUGGGUUUUCUCUUUCCUGGCGCUAGCCCAGUGCUGUCUAGCAGGCUAUGUGUUGCUAUGCGUCUCUGACUGGUGGGUUCUGGCUGCGCUGUAUGCUGGUUGGCUGUAUCUGGACAGGGACACACCCACCAGUGGGGGUCGGAGGUCAGAGUGGCUUCGGAACUGGAGCGUCUGGAAACACUUCAGAGACUACUUCCCUCUCAAUCUCAUAAAGAUGGUGGAUCUGGACCCUGGUUCUAACUACAUCUUUGGGUUCCACCCCCAUGGUGUUCUAGUGGCGGGGGGUUUUGGGAACUUCUGUACGGAGGCGUCAGGGUUCUCCUCGCUGUUCCCCGGGCUGACCCCCUACCUCCUGAUGCUGCCAUUCUGGUUCAGAGUACCCUUCUUUAGGGACUACAUCAUGUGUGGAGGUCUGGUAUCCAGUGAGAAAGCCAGCCUGUCCUACCUGCUCUCAGCUCCUAGAGGAGGUAAUGUGGCGGUGGUGGCUAUAGGGGGCGCUCCAGAGGCUCUAGACGCCCGACCGGGAGCUCUCACCCUUCAGAUUCUACACCGCAAGGGAUUCAUCAAACUGGCACUAAAACACGGGGCUCAGUUAGUACCUGUGUUCUCCUUUGGGGAGAAUGAGCUCUUCGACCAGAUGACCAACCCUACCGGCUCGCCGCUCCGCUGGCUACAGGACCACCUGCAAAGGCUCAUGGGAGUGGCACUGCCGCUGUUCACCGGGAGAGGAGUGUUCCAGUACAGCUUUGGUCUACUGCCCUACAGACAGCCCAUACACACUGUUGUGGGUAGACCUAUUCCAGUGGUCCAGACCCCCUCUCCCACUAAGGAUGAUAUAGACGGUCUCCAUUCUCUCUACCUGAAGGGCCUCACUACGGUUUUUGAAGACAACAAGGACAACUACGGCAUUGCACCAGACAAACACCUCCACUUCAUCUAGACAUCUGUGUGAAGAGUUGUUCACACAUAUAAUCAGAAAAAAAACUAGAUUUACAGAUUAACCCAAAGAUGCUGCAACACCUUCUAGGUCAGAGUUCUAGCUUUUUGUUCUACUGUUAUUGACUUGUUUAUUGUUUACUCCGUGUGUAACUGUGUUGUUGUCUGUUCACACUGCUAUGCUUUAUCUUGGCCAGGUCGCAGUUACAAAUGAGAACUUGUUCUCAACUAGCCUACCUGGUUAAAUAAAGGUGUUCUCAACGAGCCUACCUGGUUAAAUAAAGGUGAAAUAAAAUGUUAAAAAAAUAGCUGGAGGUUAGGGUUCUGUAGAGUUUUAUAAAACAUCACAAUACAUUGCUGAGCGUUCGAUUUGCCUGCUGUGGGGCAAGGAGACCCUCAGCUCUGCUAAAACCACUGACAACUGUGUGCCAUUUUCAAGGAAUUGUUAAAUAAAUGUUGUAAUAUCAGUAUCUCUUGAAGAGCUUAGUCAGAACAACAAAUGUCAGAUUAUUGCAUGCAAAACGAUUGCACACAUGUAGCUCUAUCAUCAGAGUUAUACAGCAAGUAACUGCAUGCUUUCACGAUCAGUAAACAUCAAUGACCAUGUAGUUUCAGAUACGGGAAGGCCUAUCUGUCUCCACAUUGGCCUAUCUGUCUCCACAUUGGCCUAUCUGUCUCCACAUUGGCCUAUCUGUCUCCACAUUGGCCUAUCUGUCUCCACAUUGGCCUAUCUGUCUCCACAUUGGCCUAUCUGUCUCCACAUUGGCCUAUUUUAAUAUAUUGGCACCCGUUUAUUGGAUAUUUGAGGGAUAUGAACAAAAAACUUCACAAAAAUAUCAUUGCAACAUGUAAAGUGUUUGUUUCAUGAGCUAAAAUAAAAGAUCACAGACAUGUUCCAUACAAACAAAAAGAUUAUUUCUCAAAUGGACACAUUUGUUUACCUGCCUGCUAGUGAGUGUUUUUCAUUUGCCACGAUAAUCCACCUGUCAGGCAUAUCAAGAAACGGAUUAAACGGCCAAUUACACAAGUAAAAUGGCAGCAGAAGAAAUGGCAGCAUUUUUACGGCACCUAACCAAUUGUGCUGUUAUGUGGGGGGGUUUCACGUCAUUUGUGACUUAUUUUGUACAUAAUGUUUCUGCCAUCGUAUUUUACGGCAAAAAAAAGAGCUUCUGGAUAUCAGGACAGCGAUCACUCACCAUGGAUCAGACUAAUAUUUUUUCUUCAACAAGCAGGAUGCACAGGAUGUACUUCAGACACCCGACAAGGCCAACAUCCCUGUUAUUUGCAAGAGGAAGAGACGCAGGUACAGAGGACACAGAGCAGCGUCACUCGUAAGGAUCCGCAGACGGCGAGUGGGAAAGCUGUCGUUAGCGUCAAUAUUACAAUACUACUCGCCAAUGUGCAAUCUUGGACAAUAAAUUAGACGAGGUACGAUCACGAAUAUCCAACGGGACAUCAACAACUUUAACAUCUUAUGUUUCACAGAAUCAUGGCUGAAUGAUGACAUGGAUAUUGAGCUUGCGGGAUACACGCUGCACCGGCUAGAUAGACCAGCACACUUCGGUGAAAUGAGGGGGUGCGGUCUGUGCAUAUAUGUAAACAACAGCUGGUGCACGAAAUCUAAGGAAGUCUCUAGAUUUUGCUCGCCUGAAGUAGAGUAUCUUAUGAUAAGCUGUAGACCACACUAUUUGCUUAGAGAAUUUUCAUCCAUCAUUUUCGUGGCUGUUUAUUUACCACCACAAAUGGAUGCUGGCACUAAGACCGCACUCUGUCAGCUGUAUAAGGAAAUAAACAAACAGGAAACCGCGCACCCAGAGGCGGCGCUCCUAGUGGCCAGAGACUUUAAUGCAGGGAAACUUAAAUCAGUCUUACCAAAUUUCUAUCAAAAAUGUUAAAUGGGCAACCAGAGGGGGAAAAAAUCUAGAAUUUUAACCAGGUAGGCAGUUUGAGAACAAGUUCUCAUUUAAAACUGAGACCUGGCCAAGAUAAAGCAAAGCAGUGCGACACAAACAAUAACACAGAGUUACACAUGGAAUAAACAAAUGUACAGUCAAUUACACACUAGAAAAUGUGCCUUGUUAUACGUUAAUAUGUGGAAUUUCUUUCCUUCUUAUUGCAUUUGAGGCAGUUGUGUUAUGACAAGGUAGGGAUGGUAUACAGAAGAUAGCCCUUUUUGGUAAACGACAAAGUCCAUAUUAAGGCAAGAACAGCUCAAAUAAGCAAAGAGAAAUGACAGUUCAUCAUUAAUUUAAGACAUGAAGGUCAGUCAAUGUGUAAAAUUUCAAGAACUUUGAAAGUUUCUUCAAGUUCAGUCACAAAAACCAUCAAAAGCUAUGAUGAAACUGGCUCUCAUGAGGACUGCCACAGGAAAGGAAGACCCAGAGGUCAUUGGAGUUACCAGCCUCGGAAAUUGACUGUGUGAAUCAGGCCUUCAUGGUCAAAUUGCUGCAAAAAAUCCACCACUAAAGAACACCAAUAAGAAGUGUCACGUCUACUCCUGCUCCUCCCCUUCGGCAUUCAACGUCUCUGGUACACCACUGGUCCUGGGAUCCAGUAAUCCAGUAAUAUAAAUUAGACCAGUGGAAAUGUGUCCUUUGGUUUGGAGUCCAAAAUUGAGAUUUUCGGUUUCAACCUCCGUAUCUUUGUGAGAUGUAGGUCAACAGAUAUAGGUAGGUAUAGAUGUAGGUCAACAGAUAUAGGUAGGUAUAGGUGUAGGUCAACAGAUAUAGGUAGGUAUAGAUGUAGGUCAACAGAUAUAGAUGUAGGUCAACAGAUAUAGGUAGGUAUAGAUGUAGGUCAACAGAUAUAGGUAGGUAUAGAUGUAGAUCAACAGAUAUAGGUAGGUAUAGAUGUAGGUCAACAGAUAUAGGUAGGUAUAGAUGUAGGUCAACAGAUAUAGGUAGGUAUAGAUGUAGGUCAACAGAUAUAGGUAGGUAUAGAUGUAGAUCAACAGAUAUAGGUAGGUAUAGAUGUAGGUCAACAGAUAUAGGUAGGUAUAGAUGUAGGUCAACAGAUAUAGGUAGGUAUAGAUGUAGGUCAACAGAUAUAGGUAGGUAUAGAUGUAGAUCAACAGAUAUAGGUAGGUAUAGAUGUAGGUCAACAGAUAUAGGUAGGUAUAGAUGUAGGUCAACAGAUAUAGGUAGGUAUAGAUGUAGGUCAACAGAUAUAGGUAGGUAUAGAUGUAGAUCAACAGAUAUAGGUAGGUAUAGAUGUAGGUCAACAGAUAUAGGUAGGUAUAGAUGUAGAUCAACAGAUAUAGGUAGGUAUAGAUGUAGAUCAACAGAUAUAGGUAGGUAUAGAUGUAGAUCAACAGAUAUAGGUAGGUAUAGAUGUAGGUCAACAGAUAUAGGUAGGUAUAGAUGUAGAUCAACAGAUAUAGGUAGGUAUAGAUGUAGGUCAACAGAUAUAGGUAGGUAUAGAUGUAGGUCAACAGAUAUAGAUGUAGGUCAACAGAUAUAGGUAGGUAUAGAUGUAGGUCAACAGAUAUAGGUAGGUAUAGAUGUAGAUCAACAGAUAUAGGUAGGUAUAGAUGUAGAUCAACAGAUAUAGGUAGGUAUAGAUGUAGGUCAACAGAUAUAGGUAGGUAUAGAUGUAGAUCAACAGAUAUAGGUAGGUAUAGAUGUAGGUCAACAGAUAUAGGUAGGUAUAGAUGUAGGUCAACAGAUAUAGGUAGGUAUAGAUGUAGGUCAACAGAUAUAGGUAGGUAUAGAUGUAGGUCAACAGAUAUAGGUAGGUAUAGAUGUAGAUCAACAGAUAUAGGUAGGUAUAGAUGUAGGUCAACAGAUAUAGGUAGGUAUAGAUGUAGGUCAACAGAUAUAGGUAGGUAUAGAUGUAGAUCAACAGAUAUAGGUAGGUAUAGAUGUAGGUCAACAGAUAUAGGUAGGUAUAGAUGUAGGUCAACAGAUAUAGGUAGGUAUAGAUGUAGGUCAACAGAUAUAGGUAGGUAUAGAUGUAGAUCAACAGAUAUAGGUAGGUAUAGAUGUAGGUCAACAGAUAUAGGUAGGUAUAGAUGUAGGUCAACAGAUAUAGGUAGGUAUAGAUGUAGGUCAACAGAUAUAGGUAGGUAUAGAUGUAGGUCAACAGAUAUAGGUAGGUAUAGAUGUAGGUCAACAGAUAUAGGUAGGUAUAGAUGUAGGUCAACAGAUAUAGGUAGGUAUAGAUGUAGGUCAACAGAUAUAGGUAGGUAUAGAUGUAGGUCAACAGAUAUAGGUAGGUAUAGAUGUAGGUCAACAGAUAUAGGUAGGUAUAGAUGUAGGUCAACAGAUAUAGGUAGGUAUAGAUGUAGAUCAACAGAUGGUCUCCACAUAUGUAUUUCCCACCGUGAAGCAUGGAGGAGGAGGUGUGAUGGUGCUUUGCUGGUGACACUGUCUGUGAUUUAUCUAGAAUUCAAGGCACAAUUAACCAGCAUGGCUACCACAGAAAUCUGCAGUGACACGCCAUCCCAUCUGGUUUGGGCUCAUAUGUUUUUCCACAGGACAAUGACCCAACACACCUCCAGGCUGUGUAAGGGCUGUUUUACUCAGGAGAGUGAUGGAGUGCUGCAUCAGAUGACCUAGCCUCCACAAUCACCCGACCUCAACCAAAUCGAGAUGGUUUGAGAUGAGUCGGACCUCAGAGUGAAGGAAAAGCAGCAAGUGCUCAGCAUAUGUGGGAACUCCCAAGACUUUUGGAAAAGCAUUACAUGUGAAGCUGGUUGAGUGCCAAGAGUGUGCAAAGCUUUCAUUAAGGCAAAAUGUGGCUACUUUGAAGAAUAUAAAAUAUAUUUGGGUUUCUUUAACACUAUUUAUUUUUUUGUUGGUUACUACAUGAUUCCAUAUGUGUUCAUUACUUUUGAUGUCUUCACUAUCAUUCUACAAUGUAGAAAAUAGUACAAUAAAGAAACCCUGGCAUGAG